CACAGUUUUACUUUGACACAACAAUAAAAACUUCAAAGGAAAAAUAAAUGAAAAAGUUUAAUACAUGAUUUAGGGCUAAAUUUCCAAUAUACAACUCAUAAGAUUAUGAUAAAGAAAACAUAAUUAAGAAUAACUUUCUGACAUUUUGAGAACUGUUUAUGUAUUCUGAAUUUAGUUUUGAUAUUAUGCUCACUAACAAAAAAAAUUAUUUCAAAAAAUGUGACGGAAAAAAUAUAUCCAAUAUUCAAAUAACAAAAGUCAUAAAAUAUCUCUUUUCUUAUAACAGAAAAUAUUACAAUAUUUAAUAUUCAUAUAACAAAAUCAGUGAAAAUAUAUAAUAGCAACUAUCCGCGCCUAGUAACUUUAAUAAGUAAAAAUCUUGGAGAACAAGUAUAUCUAAAACUUACCAAUAAAGAACGGAAAUAAACCAUAUAGUUUCGUUCAUUUUCCAUAAUUACCUUAUGGAAAAGUUCCUUGGUGAUAUAUUGCUGCCGGUUUGUGCAAGUAAAUCAUUUAAAACCUACUCGCAAUUGCUUAAACCCUCUUGUACCCUACAAUCAAGCAUCAACUGCUCAAGAUGUACCGCUCUGUCUGUACCAUGUCCAGGUUCUGCUGCAACUCGAGCGGUCUUGUUCCUCGAUUUCUUGUUGUUUGUAACAAUUCUGCCCCGAAGACUGCAACGCUGAGAUACGUUUCGUCUUCUAAUCUGCGCUGUUUUUCUUCGAAGACAUCAACGCCCGCACCAUCUGACACUGCAAAAGAUAAGAUAACCUCGGUGGUGAACAACUUUUCGUUCUCUAGCAUCUUUCAAGGUUGGAUGAAUGGACUUAUUCAACAAGAAAAAGAACAACCCGUUGUAAAUGAAGCGAACAACACAACUCCUUCGGUUACUCAUCAAGAGAAAGAAGAAUCUAGUGUGGAUGAAGCAAAAAACACAACUCCUCCGGUUACUCAUCAAGAGAAAGAAGAAUCUAUUGUGGAUGAAGCAAAAAAGACAACUCCUCCUUCUGCUAUUGAUUUAGCUCUUAACUCAGUGGUUAAGGUCUUCACCGUCUCUAGCAAGCCUAGACUUUUUCAACCUUGGCAGAUUAGUAUGCAGAAUGAAUGCUCUGGCUCUGGAUUUUUAAUAUCGGGAAAGAAGAUUAUUACAAAUGCGCAUGUGGUGGAUAAUCACACAUCGGUUAAAGUACAAAAGCACGGUUCAGCCACCAAGUACAAAGCAAAAGUUCGAAUGAUUGGGCAUGAAUGUGAUUUAGCCAUCUUGGAGGUCGAUAACGAUGAGUUUUGGGAGGGAAUGAACUUUUUGGAGCUUGGAGACGUACCCAAGCUGCAGGAAGAGGUGCACCUUGUUGGCUAUCCUUGUGGUGGUGACAGUAUAUCCGUUACAAAAGGUGUUGUGUCGAGAGUUGAACUAAAAGAAUAUAGUCACAGCUCGACAGAGCUACUCACAGUACAAAUAGAUGCAGCUAUCAAUUCUGGAAAUAGUGGUGGUCCUGUAUUUUUGGGAAACAAAGUGGCUGGUGUAGCAUUUGAAGGUUUGUUCUGGUCCGAUGGUAUUGGUUACAUGAUUCCAACUCCAGUAGUUAAGCACUUUUUAGACUGUGUUGAAGAAAAACAUGUUAGUUUCGGCUCAAUGAAUAUAUCAUAUCAGAUGAUGGGGAAUGCACAAAUUCGUGACUAUUUCAAGAUGAGCAAAGAUAUGACAGGGAUUCUUGUAAACGAAAUAAACCCGCUGUCCGAUGCUUACAACUUUCUGAAAAAGGAUGAUGUUAUUCUGGCCAUUGAUGGUGUUCCUAUAGGAAAUGAUAGUAAAGUUCCGUUUCUUAACCAGGACACCGUAGAUUUCAAGCAUUUGGUCUCUAUGAAGAAACCAUCUGAAACAGCUCUAAUUAAAGUGUUAAGAGAGGGAAAAGAGUGUGAGUUCAACGUCGGUCUAAAACCUGUGAAACCGCUAGUUCCAUUGCAUAAUUUUGACAAGAUGCGAAGUUACUAUAUAUACGGAGGGUUUCUUUUUGUACCUCUAUCCCAACCAUACAUUGAUAGCUCUUAUAUGUGCGAGUGUUCUUCCAAAAAGAUGCCCAAGAAAGCCAGUGAACAGAUAGUAAUCAUUUCUCAGAUCUUAGAGGAUGACAUCAACGCAGGAUACGCCAGUUUUGAAGAUUUGCAGGUGAAGAAAGUGAAUGGAAUCGAAGUGGAUAAUCUGAAGCAUCUAAGUCAAGUCAUAGAGGAGUGUAGCACCGGGUAUUUGAGGCUGGAUUUGGAAAACGAAAAGGUUCUCAUCCUCAAUAAUAAGUUGGCAAGAAAAGCAAAUUCUACGAUCUUGAAAGAACUCAAAAUACCGUCGGCCAUGUCCGAUGACCUUCAACCUAGGCAGGUUAACAGAAGCCGCUUAGUUAGUCCUCGGCAUAGCAAGAAAAAUAAUUAGUUCCGGCCACUAAGUCAGCUUCAGCUGCAGCUUUAUCCAUUCUAGUGUAGUAGGAUUUUAUAAUGUCAUCAAUAGAACAAAAAUUGUUGACUUUUCAUAUUUUUGUGUGCUAGUUUAAG